AUGGCAGAAGUUGCAGCAGGCCAAGACUUCCAGACGCUGGAAGGAUGGUGCGAGGAGGCUGUGCGGCGAUGGAACCAAACACUCAGUGGCUCUGGCGAGGAUGAGGGACAGGAGGCUCGUCGCUUCAAGGCUGUCUCCUACACAGUCAGAUUUCUCCUGGCUGUAAUCCUUCUGUGCGUUGCCGCUGCUGCGUGCGCGGGAUACCGCCUACAGGACAUCUACCAGGCAUGCCGCAUCCCAGCGGCCCCAGCGACCCCGGUUCCAGAGGAGGAGCUGGCUCCUCGAUCAGGGCUGCUGCUGCUUGUCAUCGGGCUGAUCACUGUGUUUCAGCUUGCUGUCAUUAUCUUGGUCGCCAACUGUUGCGCGGGCCCGCGCAGCAAAGAGGCAGCAAAGCGGUUCGGGGAUGGGUUCAACAGACGACAUUCCAAACCAGGCUCAGAGCAGCUAAACCUGAAGUAUGUUUGGGAAGUGUUGCGGAUCUGUCAUGCUUUCAAUUUCGGGUGUGCAUCUGUUUCGGUGUUUGCGUUGUUUUGA